AUGUCUCGUAGCAACAUUAACAAUAACAAUAAUAAUGUUGUAUUUGGUAAUUUGGCUGUUAUUAUUUUGUGUUGUACAUUGUUGUUUCAAGGAAUAUCUGCGACAUCUUUGAAUUAUGGAGAAGCACUGAAAAAGUCAUUGUUGUUUUAUGAGGCUCAACGCUCUGGAAAGCUGCCUCGCAACCAAAGAGUGCAGUGGCGUGGAGAUUCUGCCCUCAAUGACGGUCGUGCUGGUCAUAUUGAUCUUGUUGGAGGAUACUAUGACGCAGGAGACAAUCUCAAGUUAGGGUUUCCGAUGGCAUUUACAAUAACUAUGCUUUCAUGGAGCACAUUGGAGUUCAGAAACCAUUUGAGAGCAAAGAAUGAGCUCAUGAAUGCACUCAACGCCAUCAAAUGGGGCACUGAUUACUUGCUCAAAGCGCACCCUCGGCCUGACCUCCUCUACGGCGAGAUCGGCGACUGCGACUCUGAUCACGAGUGCUGGGAAAGGCCAGAAGACAUGACAACGCCAAGGACUGUUUUCAGGAUUGACGACCAACAUCCUGGCUCUGAUCUCGCUGCCGAAACCGCGGCGGCUCUCGCUGCUGCAUCCAUUUCUUUCAGGUGGGCAAACCCCAGAUAUUCAGCCCUACUUCUUGCCCAUGCAGAACAGCUCUUCAAUUUUGCUCGCAAACAUCCUGGCCUUUACCAAAAUAGCAUUCCUGAGGCAGGAAAAAUUUAUGCUAGUAGUGGAUAUGAGGACGAGAUGUUAUGGGCUGCUAUAUGGCUUCAUCGUGCUACCAAUAAAAAGACGUACUUAGACUUCCUUGAAAACGCGGAAAAUACAGGCGGCACCAGAUCCUCAUUCUCAUGGGAUGACAAAUUCGUGGGUGCACAGGUCUUAGUUGCAAAGCUUGUUUUGGAAGGCAAGAUUAGUGCUGAAGAUGUAUGGGGCGACUACAAGGACCAGGCAGAGGCGUUCAUAUGCUCGUGCAUUCAGAAGGCAGACAACAAUGUGAAGAAGACGCCUGGGGGUUUGCUGUGGUUUCUUCCAUGGAAUAACGUUCAGUACGUUGCCACUGCUACAUUUGUCACUACCGCCUACUCCAACUAUCUCAUCGCCAACAAACACGCCUCACUUGAUUGUCCCGCCGGCCUCGUUAAGCCCAAAGAUCUUCUCACAAGUGUCCGAUCACAGGUGGACUAUAUCUUGGGUGUGAACCCCAAAAACAUGAGUUACAUGGUUGGUUUUGGUUCAAACUUUCCAAAGCAAGUACACCACAGAGGAGCUUCCAUUGUGUCUAUCAAGAAGGAUCCGACGCCGGUGACGUGCAAAGGCGGGUACGAGGAGUGGUUCAACAGAAACGAACCAAAUCCAAAUGUAUUGGAUGGGGCAAUGGUGAGCCCUGAUGAGAAUGAUGGUUAUACUGACGCCAGGUCAAACUACCAAUGCACUGAACCAACGACAGUCACCAACGCACCACUUGUUGGUGUUUUUGCUUUCUUUGCUUUGUUUAAACAAAGCUAUCUCUAA